AUGCUCAACUGUCGCUCACCGUCGUCUCUGAACUUCAUGAUCAAAAUCCCCGGUCCCGCACCUUCCGACUGGCCGAUCACCGCCACUCCUGCUAUUAGCAUCAUGACAACAAUCCCAAACACACUACUCGAGACCGAGGUCGAUGUGUCUGCGUUUCAGAAACAACCUAAAGGACCCCCUCGAGCGCAUCUCCUAGGCUUACCCCGAGAACUCCGCGACCUCAUCACCGAGCACAUCAUUCUCAAACCCACCAACACCAUCACCAUGCUCCCCAACUUCGGCUGCCACGCCAACGAGAUCUCCGCCUGUCCACCUUCCAUAUGCUCAGUCAGCCACCAGAUCCGCGCCGAGACCCUUCCAACCUUCUACUCCGCCAAUAUCUUCACCGCCCAACUCGACAACGACCAGGACCUCGAGACUGCCAAGUCGUGGCUUGAGGCCAUUGGCGAUGCCAACGUGCGGCAUCUUAGGAAGUUGGUCAUGUGUGGCUGGACUCGAGUGCCUUUUGCGGGAGAGGGGAUGGUGUCGAGGCGCUGGAUUCGUGUGGGUUUGGAUUUGAGGGAGGGCACGUUGACGAUGGAGAGCCAUGAUGGAGAUUAUGCUGCGAUUGAUUGUCCUUCAGAGGUGGCUAACACGAUUGACGAGUUGAAGAGGGCGUAUGCGCAGAUGGUCGAGGCGAGGAAAGGCAGGCCGUUCGAUGUGAAGUGUGUGGCCGAGCUAAUGGAUGGGUUCAAUAUGCUUUGCACUGGAUAUUGA